ACUGUUCAAGGAAAGGAUCCUUCAGUGGACAUCACUCAGGACCUGGUAGAUGAAUCUGAAGAGGUGCAAGCAUUUGAUAUGUCCUCACAAGGUUUACAAUUGCCAUCAUGUGAAUUAAGUCGACUUGAGGAAAUUGCAGCGCUUGUGGCCUCAUCUUUACCUUCUCCCUUCCGACGUAAGAAACUUGCACUAGCACUGAAAAAUGAGAAUUAUAUUAAAAAGCUUUUAGAGCUUUAUCAUGUGUGUGAGGAUUUGGAAAACAUUGAAGGACUGCACCACUUACAUGGAAUUAUCAAAGGGAUCUUCCUCUUGAAUCGAACUGCUCUUUGUAAAGUUAUGUUCUCUGAGGAAUGUAUAAUGGACGUCAUUGGAUGCUUGGAAUAUGACCCAACUUUAUCACAACCACGAAAACACAGGGAGUUUUUAACAAAAACAGCCAAGUUUAAAGAAGUAAUUCCCAUAUCAGAUCCUGAGCUGAAACAAAAAAUUCAUCAGACAUACAGAGUUCAGUAUAUACAAGAUAUGGUCCUCCUUUUCCCUCCAGUCUUUGAGGAAACCAUAUUAUCGGCACUUCACUCCUUUAUCGAUUUCAACAAGGUAGAAAUUGUUGGUAUGUUACAGAAAGAUGAAAAAUUUCUGACAGAUUUGUUUACACAACUAACAGAUGAAGCAACAGAUGAGGAAAAAAGACAAGAAUUGGCUAACUUUUUAAAAGAAUUUUGUGCAUUUUCUCAAACACUACAACCCCAAAACAGAGAUGAAUUUUUUAAGACUUUGUCAAAUAUGGGUAUAUUAUCAGCUUUAGAAGUCAUCCUUAGCAUGGAUGAUACACAGGUGCGAAGGGCUGCUAUUGAUAUAUUCUCAUACUUGGUUGAAUAUAACCCAUCCAUGGUACGAGAGUUUGUCAUGCAGGAGGCACAACAGAACGAUGAUGAUAUUUUGCUCAUCAACCUCAUUAUAGAACAUAUAAUUUGUGAUACAGAUCCUGAGCUUGGAGGAGCAGGUCAACUUAUGGGCCUGCUUCAAACUUUAGUUGGCCCAGAGAACAAGCUAGCCACUGCCAAUAAAACAGAAAAGACUAAAUUUCUGGGUUUCUUCUACAAGCACUGUAUGCAUGUUCUCACUGCUCCCUUAUUAGCAAAUACAACAGAAGACAGGCCUAGUAAAGAUGAUUUUCAAACUGCACAGUUACUAGCACUUAUAUUAGAAUUGCUAACAUUUUGUGUGGAGCACCAUACCUACCAUAUAAAGAAUUAUAUCAUCAAAAAGGACAUUCUUCGCAGAGUACUAGUUCUUAUGGCCUCCAAGAACACUUUCUUAGCAUUAUGUGCCCUUCGCUUUAAGAGAAAAAUCAUUGGAUUAAAAGAUGAACUUUAUAACCACUACAUAAUGAAAAGUUUUUUAUUUGAACCUGUAGUCAAAGCAUUUCUCAACAACGGAUCUCGUUACAAUCUGAUGAACUCUGCCAUAAUAGAAAUGUUUGAAUUUAUUAGAGUGGAAGAUAUAAAAUCAUUAACUGCCCAUGUAAUUGAGAAUUAUUGGGAAGCACUAGAAGGUGUAGGUUAUGUGCAGACUUUUAAAGGAUUAAAAUUGAGGUUUGAACAGCAAAGAGAAAGGCAUGACAAUCCCAAACUUGAUAGUGUGCAGUCCAUCUUGAGGAAUCAUCGAUAUCGACAAGAUGCCAGAACACUAGAAGAUGAAGAGAUGUGGUUCAUCACAGAUGAAAAUGACAAGGAAGAUGGAGAAGCUGUGGUAUCUCCAUAUGACAAAACUAAGAAUGAUGAUGAUACUAUGGAUCCAAUAAGUGAAUUUAUGGAAAGGAAGAAAUUGAAAGAAAGUGAAGAGAAGGAGGUGCUUCUGAAAACUAAUCUUUCUGGACAACAGAGCCCAAGUUUCAAACGUUCCCUGUCCAGUGGGACAAAGACUAACCUUACCAGUCAGUCAUCUGCAACAAGACUGCCUGGUUCUCAAGGAUCACCUGGGUCCCCAGGCUCUCCAGGCCUUCCUGGAUCCGUCCCUAAAAGGACAUCACAGAUGGCAGCUAUUACCACAAAGAGAGGACUUGUGGGUCUGGUAGAUUAUCUUGAUGAGGAUGAAAAUGAGGAGGAAGAUGAAGACAAGGAAGACACACUACCAGUGUCAAAGAAAGCAAAGUUUGAGUCCUAAUA